ACAAUAAAAUAUGGAUGGAUGGAGGAACGUAUUGAUUUUUCAAGAUCUUCGGCUAGCUAUUAAAGCAAUCAAUGGCUUACAUAUUUUUAUCUCUUUAUUUGUUUAGAUCUUCGCCGAGAUGGAUUUGGCCCCGACCCGGUCUUCCAGUGCGCAGUACUGGAGAAGCUCUGCGACGAUGGGGUGUCGGUGUUGGUAGGAUACGCCCUUUAUUUCUACGGCUUCUGCUCCUGGAAUGGAAGGAUGUUGUACUUCGAGGAUCUCUUCGUCGAGAGGGAGUACCGAGGUAUGGGACUGGGCGUUGCUCUCAUGCACAAAGUUAUCAAAAUGGCGGUCGACCGAGGCUGCAAUUGCAUCCAAGCUUGCGUGGUGGAAUGGAAUACGGAGGUUCGACAACUGUACAGGCACCUCGGCAUCGAGGACCUGACCGAGACAAAGAAAUACCACCUUCUCUCGUUCACAGGCGAAAAAUUGGACAAAUUUGUGAAGAAAGAGUCGUUUAUCAGCAAGGACAUGAUCCUGAAAGCCGAUUUGUGAUUGUAAUUGUUAUUUUUUUGGAACAGAACUGCAGAACUGGUUCAGGAUUUGGAGCCAGUGGUGUCCGGCCAGGUGGGAGGGAACUUUGGACAUAAAGUUCUUUCGACAGACAAUGCCGACGACCCGACUAUACCAUUCCUGUAGGCGGACAGGGGCAGCGUUUUCAUGAAGGACUUUUUGGACGCUUUGUCCGACAAACAGUGCUUCAUCCGACAGUUACAUGGAAACGUUGCUUCCCAGUCAGUGAAAAUUUAGGAAAGUUGUAAGAUCUAGCUGACAACCUGUCGGAGGAAAAUUGCUGCAGAGAGGUGGAAGCUGCGAACAUUAUUUCCUAUAUAUGUGAUUUUAUAUACCAGCUUGCGCUAUGUGGCGGAAAGUUGGACUGCCGGGUUGGUACGGAAUUACUUCACCAGAUAUACAGAAUACUAUAGGAUAGAAUAUUAUUUUGUCAACUUUGCGUUUCAUUAUCCACCAACAAAUUAGCUAUGUUGAUAAGGAACAAAGAAUAAUUUCCCUACAAAUAUUAAUUGACGAUCCAUCAUGAUAAAUACCAAACCUCAACUCGGUUUAGCGCCUUUAUUUUUAUCAUAUAUUCGUGACAAGACUAGUUUAGAGUACAGUAGUCUGGGCGUUGUGGCGUGCGCCUGCAAUCCAAGCUAUGUGGGGAAGUUAAAAAUUGAUGCAGAGGUUCGAGCCCCGGUCACGUCUUUCGGAUGGUGACGUUAAAGGUCGGUCCCAGACGUAAAUAAUCAUAUCUGAUUGAUACACGUCUGACAAAACUCAAUUACACACACACACACACACACACACACAGUCUAUUGAGUACCCCAACUGUGUAACUGACGUCUUUAGAAUACUGUCACCUUAAAAGCAUAUACGAACCAAUAGCGCCAUCUCCAGUCCUCAACUACUCAUACUCAUACUCAUACUCAUACCUGGCCAGUUUCCAGACCCAUAAUGCAAGUGUAGUCUAGUGAUAUAGUCCCACUUGAUUUAUACCGCAAUAAUUAUGUUACCAAGUAGCAAAACAAUUAUUUUCCUCUAAAAACAUUUGAGUUUCUCUAUACAAGUACAGUUACAGGUCAAUUAAUUGUCUGUAGAAUUAGUAGUUAUCUGGAAAGUAAAUUUGUUAAGACUGUAUUUAUAGCACACAGUCAAUGAGAGACCACAUACAGUUCACUCCCUCUUUAAAACAAUACUCAUUUCUUUGAAGAAUAUGAUGUAAGAUCAAACCUAAAGCCUACCAGCGGGGGAAACGUCGCGCCCUUAUGAAUUUUUUAAUUAGUGAAAAAGAGGAGGAGGAAAAGAGAGAGAGAACAUGGGGGUGGAUAAACUAGGAAGAACAGUAAAGAAAUGAGAGGUAUAAAUCAUUUAAGUUUAUAUUGAAGUCAUAGUUAAGUCUUCUUGCCCCCC